AUGGAUAAGACCGGAGAAGCUGAUAUGGAUGAUCUGGAAACGGUGGAAUAUCUGGAGGAUAUGGAGGACAUGGAGGAUAUAGAGGCUGUGAAAGCCACUGAAGCUCUUGAAUCUGCUCCAGCUUACCCAGGCCAUCCAGCAGAUUACACAGGACAAGAAAUGACCCACAACCAAGGAUACAGUUCAUCUCCAUAUCCCAAUAUUCAUAUGGGAUACACCUCAUACCCAGAGCCGGGAGUUAUUACAAACUUUCAGGGAGUCAAUCAGUGCACUGACAAUCUUUAUAAAUGUUUUUCUAAAGGUCCAAACCCUGGGAUGUAUCCUCAAGCUAACACUGUAACCACCACAGUGAUGCACCCCAGCCUGCGUGAUUUACCCGCUCAAACCAUGUGUCCUCACUGUAAGCACCAGGUGAUCACUAUUACAGAUCACUACUCCGGUCUCAUGGCCUGGACGGCCUGUGGCUGCCUCGCCCUCAUCGGGUGCUGGCCCUGUUGUCUAGCACCUUUCUGGAUGGAUUCGUGUAAAGAUGUGGAGCAUCGCUGCCCAAACUGCAACAACAUCUUGUCUUUCUACAAGCGUCUGUGA